AGUACAGGUGUCAUGCUGAGCUGACAGCCACUCACAGAAUAAGAAACAAGCUCCUCACAGUAUGAGAACAAACCAUUAGCACUCCCUGCUCUUCAUCUGCAGUAUCGAUCUAUCACAGCCUUUCAGGAAACAGGAUGGUGCUCUUUUAGCACAAAACAGCUAGAAAGCUAAUCGAAUGUGCAGAAACUAAUUUGAUGUUUUGCUAGUAAAUACAAGUGGUGUUUGACUUUAUACUGACACUUGUAUCUGCAUGAAUGCUUUCUGUUUAGCAACUAUGAAGUUGCCAGGCAGGAUCUGUGUUGUGGAAACCCAAGUUCAGGUUGCAAACACAAUCAGAGCUGUCCCUUCAUUCAGUUGUUUAAUAUUCCUGUCCAGCCUCAUGCAGAACUCAGAGGAACCACCGAAUGAACCUGCGAGUGCACAGAUGGAAAGGGGUUCGUAUGAUUUGCCGUCACAUGACGCUCUCUCAAAAAUCCUGCCGGAGUAUCUUCACCUCCUCAAAAAGCCUCAAACUCAGACCAGGACAGAACCUGUCCCUCUUAAAAAGUCAAAGUCUCAGCUCAACCGAACGUUUGAUGUUGAAUCACCGCUCAAAAGUCCACCAAUGCCUGAUUUCCAAGAUGACCCUCACGCAGGUGAAGUCACCGAACAUCAAACUAAAGAGCUGGAAAACUACCGUGUGGCGAUGCAUAAGAUGGCGGAUGACAUCCUGGUGCUUCGCUCUCAGGUGAGCACGCUGGAGUCUGAGAAGAGUCAGCUGCGCCGGGAUCUGUCUCGACAUCAGGACCUGCUGGACGACACCGACACUGACGUCAUGACCACGAGCGAGAUGGCUGACCGGAUCGCCUCUCUGAAGUUCAAGCUGUCCAGUGAAAGCAGCAAAGCAGCCGCCCAGAAGGACAGAAUCCAACAGCUCCAAAACGAGCUCAUCAGGAAGAACGAUAUUGAGAAAGAGUUUGUCCAGCUGCAAAGAGCUCAUCAGCAGCAGCAGGCUGUGCUAAAGAAAUAUCAGGCCCGGAGUGCUAAAAUAUCAGCCCUGGAGGAUACAGUUCGCCAACAGGAAAAGGUCAUUGAGAAGAUGGAGAAAAUAUUGGAUGCAAAACUAAAGGAAAGAAAUAAAGAGAAUUCAGAAAAGAAUAAAUUUGCUGUGAAACAUAAAGAUGCAGAGGAGCUCAAGAGGAGAGAGAUCGAGUCUGUGCUGGUGGCAGAAAACUCUCGACUCAGAGAAGAGCUGCACAGAAUGCGUAAUCUCCCACCAGCUGUUAUCAUUCAGCAGCCUGUGCAGAACCAUCAGCCUUUCUCAGACAGUGAGAAGCUGGAGUUAUUGACACAGCUGGCGAGAGCCGAGGAUCGAAUCCAGACACUGGAACAACAGCUGAAAGAAAACUCCAGACAGUGGGGGAAAGAGAAACAAGAGAUGUUGACAAGACUCAGUGAAUAUGAACAUGGGUUCACUCGAACAUCAACCAUGAUGAUUCAUGAUCUACCCAUGAAAAGUGUGACUGAUUCUGUACUGGGACAUACUCGACACAGGCAACUGGAACCUCUUAAGUGACCACAUCCCAUCAGUGUUAGUAAAUUACAUUAAUAGUAAUGACAUUUUAUUUUAUUUUAUUAAUUCAUUACAUUGCAGAAAAUCUUGGAAUUUUUUUAAUAGUAAGUCAUUUUUAUAUUAUAUAGCUAUAUUACAGUGGGGUGAAAAAUCGAUUUACCUGUAUAUUUGAAUUGCGAUUCGCAUCGAUUCACAAAUAAAAAACAACAACAACAACUAUUUUCUAAUUAUUAUAUAAAAACUAAUAAUAACUAAAUGAUAUUAAAUAAUAAUAACAUGCUGUUGGAAACCAAAAAUGCAAAACCCCUCUGCAAGAGUGGUGUAGUCAGAAAAGCACAGAAACGCACAACGUGUUCGACGGAACGCUAAAGGGAAAUGGUUAGCCAUUGCUAACGGUUGCCUUUUUACAUUAGAAUUGGCCUACAUCAAAGUUCACUUACCACAUAAACAGAGUAAAGAAUGAUGACUGAUGAUUUGCAGAUCCUGAGCAUAAUCUCGUAAAAUUUGUGGUAAACACCGUCGUUCUGUAUUAUGCACAGUAUGUGUGAUCACGAAAUCUCGAAGGUAAAAAGUGAGCAUGCAUUCAAAUGCGAUGGCUUCCUGAUACUAAUUCUGUGAAAUAAUUGUACUAUUUAAAAUAACUGCUUUCUACUGUAAUAUAUUUACAAUUUUAAUUUAUUCCUG